AUGUGCGAUAAAUACACUUACGUGCAGCAUCAAUAUGUGGAAACCUAUAAAAUGGAAGAAAUUAGCAAAUUUGAACAGGUGGCCAAAGAACAUGCAUCUCAAUUAGCCGAACGUAAUGCCAGAGCUUUUUUCACACAGAAAGAUUGGACAAAACGAGAUUGGGAUUGGGUUUCAGGCGUUGCUGAGGUAAACAAUCCGAUGUUUGCCAGAUUGAGAUUGAUAGCAGCUGAGAAGACGAAAACUACGAUGUACACACCAUUACAACUCUGGAAUGACCACAAGGUUACAAUCAUACAUUUUUAA